AUGUUGACAGAUCAUUUGGAUAUAGACCCAUAUGACCACUUCGGAAUUGGUCGCAACCCUGAUGGCACCAUCACUCGAUAUUUGAACUUCCCCAGGAUCAAGGCAAGCCCUGUGGCCUCUCAUGGUGAGCCUGUGGUUUCCAAAGAUCUCACUCUCAAUCCCAAAAACAAAACCCGAGUUCGAAUCUUCAUACCAACGUCCAAACUGUGUUGUUCAAAGGAUGAUGAUACAAGGAUUCCCAUCAUAAUUUUCUUCGCGGGUAAUGGAUGGACCUUAUCCAACUGGGACUCUACCCUUGUCCAUUCACAAUGCUCGAUGCUCACAGACCAAGUUCAUGCCAUUGUUGUCAAUGUUGAAUAUCGCCUUGCCCCAGAGAAUAGGCUGCCGGUUCAAUAUGAGGACGCAAUGAAUGCGGUUCUCUGGGUUAGAGAACAAGCUUUGGAUCCAAAUGGUGAGCUAUGGAUUAGAGAAAACGGAGAUAUUUCGAGGUGUUAUCUGCAUGGAUGUAGCAAUGGUGGCAACAUGGUAUUUUUCACUGCAUUAGAAGCAACGAGAACGGAGUUGGAGCCGUUGAGGAUUGCUGGGAAUAUAAUGAACCAACCCUUAUUUGGUGGGAUCGAAAGGACUAACUCAGAGACACAAAGCCUUGAGGACCCUGUGUUGCCCUUGUGUGUACAAGAUAUGUUCUGGGAGCUAGCGCUGCCAGAAGGUGAAGAUAGGGACAUUUGGUGUUGUAAUCCAUUGGUGGAUGGUCCACAUACAAGCGCCAUUAGCAAGCUUGGUAGGUGCCUUGUGCUUGGGUUCACUGGGGACCCCAUCAUGGAUCGGCUACAGGAGUUUGUAGCUAUGUUGGUGACUCAUCGUGUCCCGAUCGAAGCGAAGUUUGACCAUACCGGGUUCCAUGGCAUCGACAUGAUAGAUCCAACGAGGGCAAAUGCUCUUGUGGAAAUGACUAAAGAAUUCAUAAACAAACCGUGA